AUGGUGUACCAUGUGAAGGCCGCGAUCGCAGCUUCGGCUUCCCUGCCGGAGAUUUGUUUCCUAAGAGAUUACCGCGCAGAACCCAAUCGGCUCGCGCAGCCUAUGGUGCGGGAGACCACGACCCAACUUACAAAAGCCCUCAAGCACUUGGGCCGGCAGCCCAAGGUCAUUCGCAAGUUCCUCUGCAAGCCACACGAAUCGAUCGAACACCUGGGGCCGAUCGACGAACCCAGCAUCGGCGUGUUCUGCCACUGGACCUACGGGCCUCACACCGUCGAAGGCGUGGUCGGCAAAGACAGCCCCCUGCUGCUAGCUUCGAACUUCUCCGGGCAAUGGCCCGGCUUGGUCGCCCUGCUGAACACCAGUGCGUGCCUCGAAAGUGUCGGUCGCUCGCACUCGCGCAUCUGGACCGACGCCCGCGACUGGACCAAAGACCGCAAGUUCAUGGAGCGGCUCGACGAGUGGUGCUCCAGUGGGCGAAUCGCCUAUCCCGAGGAUGAGUUGCACUACAGUGCGCCCAUCACCCCCGAAGCCACCAAGAUUGCCGACGAGGUUCACCAGGAGAUCCGCGCACGUCGUGUUCUGGCCCUGAUGUUGGGCGAUACGUCGAUGGGCAUGAUCAACGGUUACUUUGGCCCCCGCCGCCUGGCCCCGCUGGGUUUCUCCGAACACAAAGUCGAUCAAGCCUGGCUUCUAAGCCGGGGCAAGUUCAUCACCGAUCAGCGGAUCGACGACGCUUUCGAGUUCGUCACCGAUCACGGCGUGAAAUUCCACUGGCGUGAAAACGGCGAUGACGACUUCACCCCCGAUGCCACCCGCGAACAGUUGCGGAUGUAUCUGACGGUGCUCGACCUAAUCGACGAAUUCCAGGCCGACUGCUUAGGCUGGCAAUAUCAACUGGGGCUGGUCCCCCUGCUACCGCCAAGCGAUUUCUGCGAAGGACUGCUCAAUAGCAGUUGCCGCCCCGAAAGUAACGGUUUGCCGAUCAUCACGGCCACCGAAGCCGAUCAGGGUAGCCUGAUUCCCAUGGAACUGAUGAAGCGAGUGCUAAUCAAACGCGGUUUGGAACCGGCCGUCAUGUUCCACGAUGUUCGCUGGGGAGCGAUGCACAAGAAGAAGUGGUUGUGGGUGCUGCUGAACAGCGGUUCCUGCGGCGCCUAUGCCUUCAACCACGACCCCAACACUUUGAAAGGGGUACACAGCUAUCGUCAGCCCAAGGGGUACUUCCCAAUGCCGGGUGGAACGUUCGCCGGCGAAAGCCUGCCCGGGGAAAUCACCUGGUCGCGGGCGUACCUCAAAGAUGACCGUCUGUGGAUGGACUUGGGCAAGGGCAGCGUGACCAAGCUACCCGCCAAGGUUCGCGACGAAUGGUGGAACGGGACCACCCGUCAGUGGCCGUUUAUGGCUGCCGACCUGGGUUGCUCGAUGGAAACCGUAAUGGCCCAUUACAUGAGCAACCACGUCGUGGUCUGUUACGGCGACAUCCUGGGCGAGAUGAUCUCGCUCUCUCAAGCCCUCGGGUUCCAGGUUCGGGUGAUGGCCAGCUCUCUGUAG